UGUCAAAAGCAGCGGAUAGAUCCAGCAGAAUGAGAACUGAUGAUUUGGAUUCUGAGAGCAGCGCAGUCUCAGUUGAAUGGCCGCACCUGAAACCUGACUGGUUAUGGUCCAGUUUGUUUGACCAGUUGGUAUGGUAUGGUAUGGUCCAGAUUGUUUAAUACAUUAUAAAAUAAAUAAAUAUAUAUUUUAAAUAAAAGUAAAUAUAAACUAAUAUUGACAGAUUUUUUUAUAAUGGACUCAAGCUAACUUGUUGAGUUUUAUUAUUUUUAACAAACUUCUGUAGCAAAUGUAGCUUUUGUUCGCUGAUAAUGACAGUACAUUAACUAAAUUUAACUAAUGAUAUCUUUCUGAUAAGUGAUACCUAUUGAUCUUUUAAUUCUUUUGCACUUUAAUCUGUGCAAACAAUUUCUUUAACUUUAUUAUAUUUCUUUAUUGUAUUUAAAUGUUCAUAUAUUUUGGUUUUAAGCAUGUUAUACUCGAAGUAUACGUGUGUUUCCAGUCUGCCUGCCUGCUUGUCUGUAUUAUUUACUUUUCUGUGGAAUAUUAAAGGCUAUUAAUUGUGAUCAAUCCUCGUUGAGUGCUCCUUUCCCAACCAUGACAGAAGACCGGACCUUAAAAGAAAAAGUAAGCCAUUCCUGUUCGCAAUUUCUGUGGAUCCUGCUCCGCAAUGACAGCCAGAAGAAGCAUUCCUGUUUCCUGCGGAUCCUGCUCUGCAGUCAUGGCCAGGAGAGCCGUUCUCAUUCCGCAAUCAUGGCCAGGAGUGCCGUUCACGAUUCCCGCUCCACAAUCACAGACAGGAGAGUCAUUUUUAUUUCUGAUUCCUCCAGAUCCUGUUCCGCAAUCACGGCCGGAAGAGCCAGCCCCAGUCAAGUUUUCCACUGGUGAUCUCUAUGGCAAACCCCACUCUUGGCCAUGGCCAAUGAGAGCUGUUCUCGUUUUGCAAUCAUGGCCAGGAGUGCCAUUCACGAUUCCCACGGAUUCCAUUCCGCAAUCACAGCCAGGAGAGCCUGUCCCCAGUCAAGUUUUCCACCGGUGAUCCCUAUGGGAGUGCUCCUUCCCCAACCACACCAUGACAGAAGUCCAGGUCUUAAAAGAAAAAGUAGAUGAUCAAACUAAAUUAGUAUCAUGGGAGAGAAGACUAGCAUCCUGAUCGCACUGUUCUGGAUGGAGCUGGAUCAUAAUCACUGUAAUCAAGUGUUUGAUUUGUCCAGAAAGAUCCUCUAGAAGAGAUCAAAGAAAAGUUUCAAGAGAACAUUUUUACAAUUGAGGACUGUAUGAUGUUUUGGGGAUUUACUUUAACAAGGAUUUUUUUUCUUGGAAUAUUUUUCCUGCCAAAACAUUGUAAGGUUCACAUGUCCGUCUUCACAAUGUGGAUACCAGCUGGAGAGUGAAGAUUCACAUCAUUACAUAUUUUUAUUUUUCUCAAUGAUUUUUGUGGGAGAACAAAGAAUUCAUAAUAUAUUUCAUAAUAUAUCCCUCACUCAUUGUUUUUUUUUUUGGGAGUGAGAGACAGAGUCAAACUCAAGAUGUAUUUGUUCACCCAGAGGAAAAUGCGCACAUUAACAGGACUUUUGUGUGCCAUGACCUUCUCCAUGUUUGUGUUCAGUUACACACUCAGAGAACCCUCACUGUACUUCUUCAGGUCCAUGCUGGGUCUGUCAGGAAGUACAUGUUCCUGUCGACACUGUCUCAUUCACCUUAAUGAUGAAGAUGAUAGCUGGUUUAUAGACCGGUUUAACCAAUCCUUUCACCCACUGAUGUCCAGGAAAAGCAGCAUGCUCUCAGACGACACAUACAAAUGGUGGCAGUGGCUACAGGCUGAGAAGAGCCCAUCUAAUCUAACCGUGGUGUUGGACAGAUUAUUCCAGAUGAUCCCUGCUGAGGAACACUAUGUCGAUGCUCAUCCUAAUCGCUGUCGAACAUGCUCUGUAGUUGGUAAUUCUGGGAAUCUCCGGGAGUCCCGUUAUGGGUCCUACAUCGAUUCCAGUGAUUUUGUCAUAAGAAUGAACCAGGCUCCAACGCAGGGUUUUGAAAGGGAUGUUGGCUAUAAGACUACUCAUCAUCUUAUGUAUCCAGAGAGCGCCACCGACUUAGACAACUCCACAAGUCUGGUACUCAUUCCCUUUAAAACCCUGGAUCUAGAGUGGAUCAUCAGCGCUCUGACUACAGGAGACAUCUCAAAGACUUAUGUACCAGUCAAGUCACGGAUCAAAGCUAAUAAGGACAAGGUGUUAAUAUAUAACCCAGGCUUUUUAAAGUAUGUCUAUGACUCGUGGCUCGAGGGUCAUGGGAGAUAUCCAUCCACUGGAUUCCUUUCUCUGAUGUUUGCGAUCCACGUUUGUGAUGAGGUGAAUGUGUUUGGAUUUGGUGCUGACCAGGAUGGAAACUGGCACCAUUACUGGGAGGAGAACAUGCUGGGAGGAGCUUUCAGACACACGGGCGUCCACGACGGAGACUAUGAGUACAACAUCACCCUGCUCUUAGCAGACAAACACAAGAUCACGCUCUACAGAGGAGGCUGAGCCGCGACAGAACACAAGGCAGAGGCCAUCUGAGCACUUAUUAAAAGCUUGAACUCUUUCUUUUUUAUUUACUUUAAGAUUGAAGAUGGUUCAGUGGUUAAAAAUGAUGAAAUGAUCAGUACUUCAAAAAGGACUUGUUUGCAGGUAUUCCUAUGCUGCAGACAUGGAUAAUAUCAGUUUCACUGACGGAUAGCAAGUUCAUUUGCAAAUCAUUUCUGAUUUCUUUUUAUCACUAUUUUUUGUCAUAAACAUAACACUCACUUUAUUCAUGGUUUUACUAAACAGUUUCUUUUGUCAGGAGUAGUAUUUAUUAUUUUAUAUAUAUUUAUUAUAUUAUUAUUAUUAUAAUAUUUAUAUAUUAUUUAUGAUUUUUCUACUUUUUAUGUAAUUGCCUCUUUCAAAAAAAAAAAAAUAUCUAUAUAGCCCUACAUCUUUAUUUACUACCUACUUCAUUUCAUGCAAAAUUUACUUUUCUACAUUUCUUAGUUUUAUUCAUUGUGAUAACAUGCAUAAUAUGCCAAGGUUUAGUGGACGAUUGCUUCCAUUUACUUAAAAAAAAUAUUAAACUUAAAAUAAUGUGAAAUAAGGAUACUCAUCUGCCAUUUUCAUAUAGGUAUAUAUCUGUUCACUUUUUAUUUACCGUAGUUGUGUGCUUACACAUCCGAAAAACAGAUAUAAACUAAUGCUCUGUGAUAAUAACUCCACGUUAUUACAGUCAGACAUGCUGUUCUGUAUUUUAUGUGUGUGUGUGUUUGUUUGUGUUAAUCAGCCUAAAUCAGCUACAAUGCCAAACACUACACAAUAAUGAAAAGAAAUGGAAAAUUCUGUCCUUAAUUACUCACCAUUGUGACUUUCUUUUACGUUCAGAACGUAGAUCAAGAUAUUUUUAUGAAAUCCGAGAGCAUUCUGACCCUUCAUAGACAGCAACGCAACCACCACGUUCAAGGACCUCAAUAUGUACAUGGGGUUAUUCAACUGAAAUAUGUGUUGAUGGGUUACAUGGAUUCAUAUUUUAAGUGCCUCUUUUGCCAAAUAACAGUGCCUUGUUUUAGAAAAAAAACAAUGUAUAUGUGUAUAUAUACACACAUACUAAUUAAAGUAAGUAAUAUGUUCUUCAUUUUCCAAAACACUGUGUCUGUGUUUUGUAAGUAGUGUAUAUUAAUUUAGAGUUAAUUUUCACUAUUUUCACCAAUGUUUUAAUGUAUGUUGAAUGAAUAAACAGAUUUUGAGUUUUGAUUUUA